CUCGUAGGCGCAGGCUAGCUCUUGUUCCUGGCAGCUGACGAUGGUUGGAUUCUGUGGCAAUGUAGGGUACUAAAUCGGGCUGCCAAAUAUCAUGUCACUGUGUGUAGUGUGUUGCAAUGCCAAUGCGUACCGAGGGCCGAGCCCGCCCCAUUCAUUGUCUAUUUCCUGCCGUUCGGGCGAGCGGGCGGCGCUGGCUUCCCAUUGGCCGGCGGCCUCGGCGUGAAUCACCAGCUGACGGCGGCGGCGGAGCGCAGUCAGCUGAUUGUUUACCUCGCCGCGCGGCCGCCGGCGCUGGUCGCUCGGCGUCGGCCGCCAGUGGACGCCGCGGCCCGGUGGGGAGAGCGUGCAGCGCGCAGACCGCCAUGAUCAGCGGUGACGCCAAGCGAGACGGUCUCAAACUGAACUUUUGCCGCAGCAUCAGUGCGCCGAGCGAGGCGAGCGUGCCAGUGGCGCCGCGGCCGGUGACCAGCUCCCUGCCCGCCUCGCCGAGCGCCGAGGCAGCGGAGAUGAAAAAGACGAUGGUGCUGAGCCGGACUCGCCAGUGCAGCAGCGCCGAGCUGUCCAAGCGGCUCGCCUCGGGCGGCAACAACUCCUUCGUGCUGCUGGAUGUUCGACCGUUCAUGGCGUUCAACACGUCUCACAUCCAGGGCGCCAUCAACCUCAACUGCAUGGACCGCUUCAACCGGAGACGACUGCAGCUGGGAAAGGCCUCGCUGGCCGAGCUGGCUUCCAACAAGGAGGCCAAGGAGCUGCUGAAGCGCAGGACGUUCCGCGAGUUCAUCGUCUGUGACGAGAGCACCUCGGACCUGGAGCUGCUGCCGUCUGGCCAUCCGCUGUUCAUGGUGUUCAGCGCGCUGCUCGAGGACAACCGGGACCCGGUGCUGCUCAAAGGCGGUAUGGAGGAGUUCGGCCGCCAGUUCUCGGAGCAGUGUGACUCUGAGCUGCGUCCCGUCGAGACCGACCUGCCCGACUGCGCGUCCCAGCUGCGAGAGCGGGCUGAUGAGAUUGAGAAGGCGCGCGUCACGCAGAUCCUGCCGUUCCUCUACGUGGGCAACCAGCAGGACGCCAAGGAUCUGGACAGCCUCAAGAACUGCGGCAUCACCCGUGUGCUGAACGUCACUGCCCACGUACCGGGCUACCAUCAGCAGCAGGGCAUCAGCUACAAAACACUGCCGGCCGCCGACUCGGGCCAACAGAACAUCAGCCAGUACUUCGACGAGGCGGUCGAGUUUAUCGACUGUGCCCGCCGCCUGGGAACCCGCGUGCUCGUACACUGCGUGGCCGGAGUAUCACGCUCGCCCACCAUCGCCAUCGCUUACAUCAUGAAGUGCCUGCCGAUGAGCAUGGUGGAGGCCUACCAGCUGGUGAAGGCGCGCCGGCCCAUCAUCAGUCCCAACCUGAACUUCAUGGGUCAGCUGCUCGAGUGGGAGCGCUGUCUGCAGCCGCAGGGCCGCGCUGCGCCUACCGACCCGGCGGCAGCGGCGGCGGCGGCAGCGGCAGCGGCGGGCCGGCUACCCACCGCGCCAUCCGGCCAGCAGAGUCCGUGCCGGCCGCUGGAGACGUGCACCAGCUGACCGGCGGCCGCGGCCGCACCCUGUCCAGCCUGAUCUCAGCCGGCGACGUCAUCGGGACGUGCGCCGGUUCCUUGAAGGGCGCCGCCGCGGCUCGGCCGCACGGCGCUCGAGGCGCCGCGGCCGGCCCGCAGAGUGCCAUCCGAGCGCAUACCUGGGAGCGGAGAGAGCCGGAGGGGUGUAUUGUCUGCCACCCUCCCCUCGCGGCAGCGAAUUCUAGAACUGUCUCUUCGCCCGUGUCUAGAAGGGAGAUGGAUCGCGGCCCGACCCCAGUGCCUCUCUUCGAACCUUGCUGGUAUGCAUCCCUAUUUAUUUUACUGUGCCUUUGUAGUCGUGUGCGAGUUGCAUUGAUGUCGUGUGUCACGUUUUACAGAGGUAUUCACCAUGUUAUACCACCUACAAAUGUGUGCAAAUAAACACCGUGCCUGUUGCGAUA